GGGCUUGUCUCACUCACCUCACUGCCUUUAAAUUCCCUCCUUUCCUCCCUUUGCAGCACACACACCCUCUUUCCCUAAUCUCUCAGUCUUUUCUCUCUUUUUAAGGGACCGGAAUCCAAGAUGGGUUUCGGAUUUCCCGUCUUUUCUACUUGUUUUCUCGCCACUCUCUCGCUACUAGCGCUUCUCCACGGAACCUAUGCCGACCAUUUUUACAAUGAGACGGGAUUGAGGGAAGGAAAGCAAGUGGGUGGCUGUAAUUUAUUUCAAGGAAGUUGGGUUUACGAUGCUUCAUAUCCUCUCUAUGAUUCUUCGUCCUGUCCCUACAUUGAUCCAGAAUUCAAUUGCCAGAAGUAUGGUAGACCUGAUACCCUCUACUUGAAAUAUCGAUGGCAGCCUAGUUCUUGUGUAUUGCCCAGAUUCAACGGCAAGGAUUUCUUGUGGAAGAAUAGGGGCAAGAAGAUCAUGUUUGUGGGGGAUUCUCUAAGCUUGAACCAGUGGCAGUCACUGACAUGCCUGCUUCAUGCAGCAGUGCCACAGGCCCGAACCACCUUUGUGAGAAAAGAGGACCUCUCCUCAUUGACAUUCAUGGACUACAAAGUGUCGGUGAUGUACUUUCGGAGUACCUAUCUGGUCGACCUGGUGAGCACGAAGAUCGGCCGUGUCCUCCGACUCGACUCAAUCACGAGUGGAAAUGCAUGGAUGGGCAUGGACAUGUUGAUAUUCAACACGUGGCAUUGGUGGACCCACAGAGGAAAAAGUCAACCAUGGGACUACAUACAAGAAGGGAACACGUUUCACAAGGACAUGGACCGUUUGGUUGCGUUCGAGAAGGGUCUUUCUACUUGGGCUAGAUGGGUUGACUUCAACGUCGACCCCACCAGAACCAAAGUGUUCUUCCAGGGGAUUUCUCCAACGCAUUACAAUGGAAGGGAUUGGAACCAGCCCAAUGCAAGGGACUGCAGGGGUCAGACACAGCCAGUGAGUGGAUCGUUCUACCCGGGCGGUACUCUUCAGGAAGACCGCGUCGUGAAGGCGGUCCUAAGCAGGAUGUCGAAACCGGUCUACUUGCUUGAUGUAACGUUGCUAUCUCAGCUUCGGAAAGACGCGCACCCGUCUGCAUAUAGUGGGGACCACUCAGGCAUGGACUGUAGUCACUGGUGCAUCGCCGGUCUUCCUGAUACAUGGAAUCAGCUCCUAUACGCAGCCCUUUAAUCAUGAUUUCAAAAUGGGUGGAGAUUUAUUGCAAAUUUCUAAAAGCAAUUUCAUUAUGCAAAUCGCCAUUAUUUAUCAAUAUUUUAUAAUGCUAUCCCACCUUUUGUUUUCUUUUUCAUUUUUUUUUUAUUUUCUAACUUUUUAUAUUCUUCUUAUUUAGGAUGUUGUUAAUAACAAAGGUGGGACAUGUAUUGUAGAGGGCCCAAAGGGUCCAUGAAUGUAUGAUUUGAAAGGAAUUGUAUUUUUAAUUGCGAAUAUAUUGAUUUCUUGCUUA